AUGGGCAUCACAAUUCUCCCCCCCGUGGUGGAGGACAUUCGCCGUCCGUCGAGUGACGAGCUGGACUCGGACGGCGAUGUCGACAUGGACGACCUGGACCAGCUGCCGACUAAACGACCGCGUCUCGCCAAAACGUCCAGCGCCAGGGGCAGCCGAUCAGCCACGGGGCUUGUCGUUCCCGGUGAGUCGGUAACCAGCGAUCCACAAUGGAUGAGAGGCCAUGGCACCUUUACAACCCCAUACUCGGCAUCCAUCAUAGCCACCGUCGCCGGCACCGUGCAAAAGACAAACAAACUGCUCUCCGUCCAUCCUCUGCGCGCCCGCUACAUUCCCGAGAUUGGCGAUCUCGUCGUCGGACGCAUCGUCGAGGUCCAGGCCCGUCGAUGGAAAGUCGAUGUCGCCGCGCCGCUGCUGGCCCAAUUGCCCCUGUCAGCAAUCAAUCUGCCUGGUGGGAUCCUGCGCCGACGAACCAGUGCCGAUGAGCUGCAGAUGCGCACGUUUUUCGUCGAGGGAGAUCUUGUCGUUGCCGAGGUGCAGAGCGUGCAUGCCGACGGCUCGGCAACGCUGCAUACGCGCUCGCUCAAGUACGGCAAACUGCGAAACGGCGUGUUUCUUGCUGUGACAGGCACGGGCGGCAAUGGCGCCACGUCGCGGACAGCCGCAACAAAGGGCAGCGUUGGAGCACACGCAGCGCCAGCGACGUCAGUCGGCGGAGUCGUCAGAUCGCGCCGCCAGACGUGGACCGUCAGCACAGCCAACGGCGGCGGCGACGUCGAUGUGGUGCUGGGCGUCAACGGCUACAUAUGGAUCUCCAAGCACGCCGACGGCACGGCGGCCACGACGUCGACCACCGAGAACAUCUCCAUCACGCGGCUGGAAGAUGUCGCACCGAGCUCGAUCUAUUCGAGUCAAAACGACGAGAUUGCGCCGCAGACGCGGCGCGAGAUUUCGCGCCUGUCGGGCUGUAUUCGCGUGCUGGUUGAGGGCGGCAUUCGCGUGGAUGAAGACACGGUGAUGCGCGCGUACGAGGCGAGUUUGCAGGCUGAUUUGGAGGACGAUGAGGAUGAUAAUGAAAGUGCUGGCCAGGGGAGGGAAUACCUGGGCGGAGCCAAGGGGCGGCGGGUUCUGGAUGUGAUGCUGGCUGUUGAUUGA